UGCCACAGUGGAUGUGCUACUGACGAACCUCAUUGCAGGAAAUCUGCUGCCCUCUGCUCUCAUCUGGAUCACCUCCAGACCAGCAGCAGCUGAUCUCGUCCCCUCUGAGUGUGUCCAUCGAGUGACAGAGGUACGAGGCUUCAAUGAGCCACAGAAGGAGGAAUACUUCAGGAAGAGAAUCAGUGAUCAGAGUCUGGCCAAUAGAAUCAUCUCACACCUGAAGUCAUCAAGGAGCCUCUACAUCAUGUGCCACAUCCCAGUGUUCUGCUGGAUCUCAGCCGCUGUUCUAGAGAAGAUGUUGAGUCGAGCAGAGAGUGGAGAGAUUCCCAAGACUCUCACUCAAAUGUACACACACUUCCUGAUCCUUCAGACCAACAUCAAACGUGAGAAGGACUAUGAGAAGAAGGUGACAGAUGAAGACAUGAUCCUCAAACUGGGGAAACUGGCUUUUCAGCAGCUUGUGAAAGGAAACCUGAUCUUCUAUGAGGAAGACCUGAGAGAGUGUGGCAUUGAUGUGACAGAAGCAUCAGUGUACUCAGGAUUGUGCACUCAGAUCUUCAGAGAGGAGUUUGGCUUGUAUCAGGGGAAAGUCUUCUGCUUUGUUCAUCUGAGCAUUCAGGAACAUCUAGCAGCUCUGUAUGCACAUCUUUCUUUUACCAACAACAACUUCAAUGUGUUUGACAAAACCAAACAAAGUCUGUUCUCCAAAGUUUUAAAAUGGAUGAGUUCAGUAUCUAAGUUACAUCAGAAAGCUGUAGAUGAUGCUUUACGGAGCAAGAAUGGACAUCUGGAUCUUUUCCUACGUUUCCUUCUGGGUCUCUCAAUGGAGUCCAAUCAGACUCUCUUGCAAAAACUACCAACACAGGCAAGAUGCUGCUCCUACAACAAAGAGGAAACAGUUCAGUACAUCAUACAGAAGAUCAGGGAGAAUCGCUCUCCAGAGAAAUCCAUCAAUCUGUUCCACUGUCUGAAUGAACUGGGUGAUGAUUCACUGAUGCAGGAGAUCCAACAUUAUCUGAGAUAUGGAAAAAUAAGAGCAGCCAAACUCUCCUCUUCACAGUGGUCAGCUUUGGUUUAUGUGUUGCUGACAUCAGAGCAGAAGAUGGAUGUGUUUGAUCUAAUGCAGUUUAUUGGAGCUCAACAUACAGCAGAUGAAGUUCUUCAGAAGCUGCUGCCUGUGAUUAAAGAGUCCAGAUCAGUUCGUAUGAAUUAUUGCUGUGUCACGGAUGAAGGUUGUGCUUCUCUGGCUUCAUGUCUGAGAUCAAACCCCUCAAACCUGAGAGAACUAGAUCUGAUUCAGAAUAACAUAGGAGACACCGGAGUGAAGCUGCUCUCUGCUGGACUCAAAGAUUCUCACUGUAAACUGGUAACACUGUGGUUAAGAUAUUGUGGUGUCACAGAUGAAGGUUGUGCAGCUCUUACCACAGCUCUGAGAUCAAACCCCUCGCACCUGAGAGAACUGGAUCUGUCAUGGAAUAAACCAGGAACAUCAGGAGUGAAUCUGCUCUCUGCUGGAAUGAAGGAUCCUAAUUGUAAACUGGAAACACUGAAGCUACAUAGCUGUUAUCUCACUGAUCAUUGUUGCAGAAGUUUGUCUUCAGUUUUACAAUCCCCAAACUCUAUCCUGAGAGAGCUGGACCUGAGUAACAAUGAUCUGCUAGAUUCAGGAGUAAAGUUUCUUUCUGAUGGAUUGAAGAGUCCAAACUGUCAGUUGGAGAUACUGAGGUUAUCUGGCUGUAUGGUGACAGAGGAAGGCUGUGGUUAUUUGUCUUCAGCUCUGAGUUCAAACCCCUCACACCUGAGAGAGCUGGAUCUGAGCUACAAUCACCCGGGAGAUUCAGGAGUCAAGCUGCUCUCUGAUACACUGAACAAUCCAAACUGCACACUGGACAAAUUCAAUGUGGAUCAUGGAGGAGGGUUCAGGAUUACAGCAGGACUACAAAAAUAUGCCUGUGAUCUCACAGUGGAUCCAGACACAGCACACAAUCAUCUCAUUCUGUCUGAGGAAAACAGAAAGGUGACACAUGUGAGAGAAUAUCAGUCAUAUCCUGAUCAUCCAGAGAGAUUUGACAAGACUCUUCAAGUUCUGUGUAGAGAGAGUCUGUCUGGACGCUCUUACUGGGAGGCUGAAUUGAGUGGAGAUGCUGUUAUAUCAGUAACAUAUAAAGGAAUCAACAGGAAAGGACGGGGUGAUGAUUGUGUGUUUGGACGCAAUAAGAACUCCUGGAGUCUGAGACGCUCUAAUGACAAAUUCACUGUGUGUCACAAUAACAAGUUCACUGACAUACGUGUCCCUUUAGGCUCAUGUAGGAGAGUAGGAGUGUAUGUGGACGUGUCAGAUGGCACUCUGUCCUUCUACAGUGUCUCUGACACGCACACACUCACACAAUUGCACACAUUCACCUCCACAUUCACUGAGUCUCUCUGUGCUGGAUUUAGGGUUUAUGGUUUGAACUCCUCAGUGUCUCUAUGCAAGAUUUAAAAACCUGUGAGCAACAACAAAGAUGACACACCCAGCCCACUCUCUCUUUGAACUGUUGCCCUCUGGCUGGUGCUACAGGUCACUGACCACCUGAACAGCCAGGCACAAGAUAAUUUUUCCCCCCCACAGGCUAUAUUCAGCCUGAACAGUUAAAACUCUCAUGACUAUACAGUAUCCACCAUAACUAUGCAUUUGUAAAUAACCUAAAAAUUGUUUAUUUGUAAAUUACAUAAACAGUACACUUACAAAUAGCGUAU